AGCUGGCGCUCAGGGUAGGAUGUUGAAGAAAUAGGCUUAAACUGCGAGAGAAAAGGCAGCAGCAACCGUAUUGAAGCCACAAGGGUUAGAAAAGGAUCAUUACAAUAUUCAAUCUGCACAGGGAAACUGAUAUGCGACGUCUACUGUAACUAAUCUUACGAAGAACAGAGAUUUUAAAAAAAGACAAUUCUGACGAGGAAUAUAAAGCAAAACCAAAACUGACUGCACAGUUGAGUCAGGUGAAGUUUGUUCUGUGUUAAAACAUUGUUAUACAGUGAGAGUCACAUUGAUGUCGACAAUACUGCACUGUGAUUUGAUGGUCACCUGCAGUCAUAAUAUACAGCGGGUGGCAGUGAAAUCAUCACACUUUUGAAGUUUUUAUAUUCACAAGGACAGCUGGGAAACCUCAAGCAACGGGGUGAGCGCUUUCAAAUAAAUGCACGCUCGUCUGUACAGAAUCCGAUCCUGUUGUUAAUCCUCUUUGGAGUAGCUGCAAAUCCGAGGCUGAAAGAAACUACUACUACUAAUCACUAAAAACAUUAAUCAUUCAGGCACUUUAUGAAAACUGCGGGUGUUUAAAAAGGGUUGCUACUCUUGCUUUACUCGGGAACGGGGAGAGUGUCUGAGCAGAUCCGCAGGACUCGAGAGAGAGAGAGAGCGAAACUGACAGUUCUUGUGCUAACUUUGUAACUUUGGUUUGAUAGUCUAAUUUGUUACAUAAAGGUUCCAAUAUCACACGAAAAAAGAAAAAAAAAAGAACAUUUCGCUUUUAAAUUACACUAAUUUCCUUCUCGACCGACUCAAAGUAAAUAACAACCCGGCAGUACCGCACUUUGCAUUCCUCGUGGAAAUACUAAACAUUCAGCGACAUCGGAAUUCGUCGUGAUGUCAGGAGAAAGGUACUCGACUCUGGACGAAUCGUCGCUCAGAAAACUGCUCGAUGGCACGUCUGACCUGGACGAGCGGCGGCUGAUCCGCAAUGCCAUCAGGGAGAUCCGCCGCUGUGAGAUCGAGGGCAUGGAGGCGGCGCUGUCGUCCAAACGCUUCCGUGGCACCAGGGACUGCGAUCAGCUGGAGAACAAGGAGAACCAGAUCAGGUCCCAGCGCCUGUGCCCAGACCAGGACGACACUCUGGAUGCCCUGUCAGGGAAGCUGCAGUCCAUCGAGGACGUUGGUGAGCUCAAUGCCCUGCUACGAGGAGCCAGCGAGUACGAGGAGAGGAAGCUCAUCCGAGCCGCCAUUCGCAAACUGAGGGCACAGGAGCUGGAGGCAUCAGAGAAAGCCAACUGUGAAAGCAGGUUGGAUUCGGAGUCAUUCCAGUGGCGUGGGAGCAGGGAGGCAGAUCAGGAGCCAGCCCACCGCAAAACAGACCCGGAGAUUGACAACUUAGAGGAGAGGCAACGAAUCAGGGCUCAGAUCAGAGAGCUGCGCACCCAGCAGAACCAGGAGGGGGCGCUACAGAGAGCAGGUAUGACAUCCGGAAUGGUGUUGGUCCUGGACCCUCUAAAUAAAGAGGAUGGAACUCUGCCAUCACGGCAACGCCUCUAUUCAGGGGCAUCAGACCAGGAACUAUCCUCACGGCAACGCCUCGAUUCAGAGUCUUCAGAGUGUGACCUGUCAUCACGACAGCACCUGGAUUCAAGGGCCUCUGAGCGUGACCUGUCAUCACGACAGCACCUGGAUUCAAGGGCCUCUGAGCGUGACCUGUCUUCACGACAGCGCCUGGAUUCAAGGGCCUCGGAGCGUGACCUGUCAUCACGACAGCGCCUGGAUUCAAGGGCCUCGGAGCGUGACCUGUCAUCACGACAGCGCCUGGAUUCAAGGGCCUCGGAGCGUGACCUGUCAUCACGACAGCGCCUGGAUUCAAGGGCCUCGGAGCGUGACCUUUCAUCACGACAGCGCCUGGAUUCAAGGGCCUCGGAGCGUGACCUGUCAUCACGACAGCGCCUGGAUUCAAGGGCCUCGGAGCGUGACCUGUCAUCACGACAGCGCCUGGAUUCAAGGGCCUCGGAGCGGGACCUGUCAUCACGACAGCGCCUGGAUUCAAGGGCCUCGGAGCGGGACCUGUCAUCACGACAGCGCCUGGAUUCAAGGGCCUCGGAGCGGGACCUGUCAUCACGACAGCGCCUGGAUUCAAGGGCCUCGGAGCGGGACCUGUCAUCACGACAGCGCCUGGAUUCAAGGGCCUCGGAGCGGGACCUGUCAUCACGACAGCGCCUGGAUUCAAGGGCCUCGGAGCGGGACCUAUCGUCGCCGCAACGCCAGGGCUCAGAGCUGACAAGCACCUUGAGCACUGACUCUGAGCUGGAGUGUGAGAGCAGACUCACAGGGGAUGCCCCUGAGCAGGCCUUGUUGGGAGGGGAAGAUAAGAAAGAGGGGGAGGGAGUGUUUCAAACUGACCAGGACAAAGACCUCGUUGACGGGAAUGCCUUCUGUAGGGGCGGGCCACGCAAAAAGGAGCCUGCCUCCCAGAACAGCCUCCAAAAUGGGGGAAAAAAACAGGCAGUGAAUGGGGAGCUGGGAGGACACAGCAGCAGCAGACAGCCCAGUGUGACCAAGGACCCCCCCUACAGCCAAUCACAGACUUCCCUAAGCAGUGCCAAAGACAAAGCAGAAGAGAAAGCUGGCUCUUCUUUCAACAGAGCUAGCUCUGUGCGGGACCGGGUGAAGAGAUUCACAGCAGAGGAGCCGGGCCAGAGAGCCGAGCUCGGAACCAACUUCCCAGGGCAGAGACAGGGGAGCAGCCGGGUCUGUGGGAACCUGCAGUCCCCCUUUUCCAAAGCUACCCAGAGGAGCGAGGGGAGCAACGGGACAGACCGAUUCGGGAAGAACAAUUCAGGACUUACCUCCCAGGGUCCUGCGGAGAAAUCCGUCCCUUUGAGUUCCAAGCCUGUUUCGGGUCCAGCCACCACAGGGAGCUCCAACGGAGUGUCCCAAACCAGAUGGCUUCAAGGGGUGUCUGCUGAUAGAUCCUCUCCCCUGUCUCGGGACAGCCAAUCGGAGAGUACUAGGCUGACAUCAUCGGGGCAUGAAAACCUCAGGGAGCGAUCAGACAGCUCAGCCCAAACCAGGACCCUGAGUACAGCUGAACCCCAAACACAGCCAGAGUGCCCCCACGCUGACCCCGACAUGAAGACCCUGCUGACCAUUGAGAUCAAGGACAACCGCGGUGCCAAGACAGCCACGCAUGUGACCGGGAACACGGGCAGCCAGCGGGCAGAGCUGACACUGGGUCUGAGAGCAUCCCCCUUCAAGAUCAUAUCAUCCUCAAACACCAGCGGGACCCUCAAGAUGGAGACGGAGCCCCUCCUGGCCGUCGAGGCCACAGAGACUCCCCCCAGUGACACGGACGUGGUCCCUAACUGCACACAGGGGGCUCAUGGGAAGGGGGAGGGGCACCGGGGAAAGCUGACGGCUGAGGAGCUGGAUGCCAUCGAAGAUGAGGAGGUCCUGGACAAGAUGAUCGACGAGACGACAGAUUUCGAGGAGAGAAAACUGAUCAGAGCAGCUAUGAGGGAUCUACGCAAGAAGAAGAGAGAUGCUCUGCUGGGUUACAAACAGAGAUCCGAGGAGGAUCUAGACCAGCGGGAGAAGGAGCGAGAGAAGGAGCGCGAGAUUCGGCUCCAGGAGAUGAAGCAGAAACAGGAGGAGAAGAGGAACCAAACUGCCCGUGCUGGAGAGAUAGUGGUCAGAAAAACAGAGGGGAUCUUCCACUCAGAUGAUGGCAGCAGGGCAUCCCGCACUACUACCAUGGAGGCAAGUUACAUGAAGAGAUCUGAGAACUGCACAACCAUUGUUCAGACCAAAUCCUCCUUCAGCUCCACUUCUUCCUCCACCUCUACCAAGAAGAUGGGCAGUAUCUUUGACCGUGAAGAUGACUCGUCCUCCCGCGCUCUGGAACGCAAGCAGGCGGAGCGUCACAAGGAGAUAAUGAGGUCCCAGACCCUGCCCAAGACCUCCGCCACACAGGCCAGGAAAGCAAUGAUCGAGAAGCUGGAGAAGGGGAGCGGCAGCCCUGCAAACCCAGCUGUGUCACGGGUGGUCAAGGUUCAGAGGACAUCCAGCUUUGGGGUGCCCAACGCCAACUCCAUCAAACAGAUGCUGCUGGACUGGUGUCGGGCCAAGACCCGCGGCUAUGAGCACGUGGAUAUCCAGAACUUCUCGUCGAGUUGGAGUGAUGGCAUGGCGUUCUGUGCGCUGGUUCACAAUUUCUUCCCAGACUCCUUCGACUACACGGCACUGAACCCCCAGAACCGGCGGAAGAACUUUGAAGUGGCCUUCACCAACGCAGAAAUCUUUGCUCACUGUGACCCCCUGCUGGAGGUGGAGGAUAUGAUGAUCAUGGGAAGGAGACCGGACUCUAAGUGUGUCUUCACCUACGUGCAGUCACUCUUCAAUCACCUGCGCAGAUACGAGAUGGCCUGCCGCAGAGCACACACUGACCUGUAACCAGCAGCAACACAUCAACACACAUGCUUCUAAAUACACCUGAAUGCCAGCCAAACCUCUACAAUCCAUUUCUUGCCUCCUUUUCAGCAUUACUGUUUUGAUGUGCAGAGUGUUAGCUGCUUCCUGGAAGCGUAUCGCUUAAGGAAGUGUUACCAAGAAGCAGCUGUUUAUAUGUUAAAAUCUAUGCUGAUGUACUCAAAACAUACAGACCCAACGACACAAAACAAAAUCACAUGUGGUCCUGUUGCUAAGGCUUAAAGAAAUGGAUUUGAAGGCGUUGGUUAGCAUUCCUGUACAGCAUACCUGUUCCAGGUAAUGGCAUUCCCGUAACUCACAAUACAAUAACCACCCCUACCUCACCUGUUGCAUAUAGAAUACUAGUUAACCUGGUAACUUGCUACACUAUGAAACUAACACACUUCACUUUGGUGUAUUGCUGUUCCUCAUGUAGAUGUCCAAUUCAAUGGCUGGAAAGCAACAAACAUCAUGCAAAAAGGGUUUUGGAAGCAAUAUGUAGUACAGCUAUCGUAAACCUUUCAAGAACUUCCUCAUAACUUGUUCAGGUCAAUUUCAUUGGGAUCCAGGUUCAAGCAGAAGUCUGGGUGACUUCUUCAUUUGUCAUUAGAGGCAGCAGCUGGUUGGUUAAUAUGCAGGAAAUUAAAUAUAUGAAGGUGAUUUAAAUUUUUUUUUUUACAGGGAAAAUGACAAAAAGACAGUUACGUAUUUGAACCCAAAAUGUUGAUUGACCCCAAGGAAGCACAGGCAGCGAAACGGUUCUCCGUAUGUAAUAAUUAAAAGGUCUGAAAUGAUAAAUCACAAAUUCAGUUUUUGCCAUGAUGUGUUCCUUCAAGCCCUCGAAUGUGAGACUGACAUUCAGGAAUGGUAGUUUAGUAGAGCCGCCUUGUAAUCUGCCUAUUUUCAGGUAAUCCCCACUUCCUGUCUCCCCAUCACUCCCAUUGAAACUCACUUGAAGUAACGCACCUGUGCUGACAGUGAGAUGCAAUGUUUUUAGCUCCUCUCCAGGUACAGAAUGCUUUCUAAUACCAAACUCUGCAUGCUUUUAAAACACACAUUUACUUGAAUUGUUGUUGUUUUUUUAUUUAAAGAAAAAUUGUAUAAGCACUGGUAAGGAAAGUAUAUUUUCUCUGUAUUAUUUUUUCAGUAACAUUAUUGUAACACAAGUAGAUUUUUGGCUCCAGUCUGUUCACAAGCGGCUUAUCUUGUGUCUUGGCUUUUUUUUUAUGCAACAGGUUUUUUUAAUGUAGAUUUCAAGGCAAUUGUAUUUGUUAAGACUUCAAACUAUUGCUCUCUCUGAAUCUAGAAAUUUCUAUCAAAAAAUGCAGUUAAAACAGUGGGAAAAAAAACACUUAAAAUGGCUUGAAAAUGAUAUCAGUCUAACUGUGGGUCUCAAUACUUCACUUGCACCGUUAAGAGAGAAAUGUUUUCAUAACCUAUGUAAAUGAUCUUAAAGUGUGGAGGUAUUAGGCCACUGUUUAGCUCAAUUUGAAUCUUUCUACACAGAGACUGGAUAGCACAAAUCCAGUCUUUUCUGGUCUGGUGAUCACUCCCAUAAUGCCCCUGGGUUGGCAUGACCUGGAUGGGCCUGGUAGGCGGACUGGAGCCCCACCUCAGGCUUUUAUUGAUUUUGUGUACAAGGACUGCAUGCAAACGACUGCCAGUAGAAACGCUUUGUGUUGAAAUGGGUUUUUUUUGUAUUUGUGUUUAUAUAUAUAUAUAAUUCUUUUUUUUUUUUUUUUUUUGGAUACUUGUUUAUAAACAGUAGUGACUGGUUUUGUAUCAGAUUGUAUUCAAUGUGUGAUCAUAACUGUGAUCCUAUUAUAAUGGCUAGAGAGAUUCCUGGAGCCCCAUCCCUCAGGAUUCUCUAUUUUACCACUAGACCCCCUAACAGUGAAAAAAAACUACUGGAUUCAUAGGAGAUUCCUAGUUCUUAGCCGAAAGUGUCUGAUUUUUGAUUCACAUGUACCAAUAUAGCUGUGGGACGAUCACUAGUUAUAGUCCAGAAUGAACAACUUUUACUUGAUUAGUGAUGCAAUUGAUCCUGUAAUCCCUGUCAUGUGUCUCAACAAAUUGUAAAUUAGAGUUGUAAUAUACCAGUAGAAUAUUCCAGGAUGGGAUGUUUAAUCUUGCCAUCUGGAGACCCAGAGCUGCCUAAUCUAAGUCAUCCACUGCCCUGAUAAAAAGCUAUGAAAACAUGUUGAGCAUCAUAUUUACUCAUCAUUUUAACCUGUAUUACACCAUGAAGAAACCGCCUGGAACUUCUGCAUUGUAUAUCAUUUUUUUUAAUACAAUGCAAUAACAAACCUACAUUUUUAAUUUGGAAAUUAGCUUUUAAGGUACAUGUAUAGAUAUUUUUGUCAUAUGCCAUAUUUAGUUAUUCAUUGUGGUUGGAGAACUUCCCCCUAAAUAACUUAAGAUAGUGACUUACAAAAUUUUGCUUUACUCCAGUAAGAAAUUAGCAUCAUUUUUUGUGACAGGAAUAUGCCCCUGCAGUGUUAAUAAGAAAUGCAAGUAGACAAAUCUUUGGGUUAAUGUUUUCAGAGUUAUAAAAGAAUAAUUAAUAACAUUAUUGGUACAGUGUGUGUUACUUUCACUAAAGUGGGGUCAAAAUCCCCUAUUCAAAGUUACUCUCUCCAUUGCUUGGUUGCUUUCUAAAGGUGUUUGGAAAGGAACUGCCCCUCAUUGGCUACAAGGUUAUUUCAGGAAGGCUUCACCUUUGGAGACUGGACCAGCCCAGAUCCACCCCUCACCUGCCACCUGCUUCCACCCUCACAUCUUGUAGAUAGACCAGAACACGUUCUCAAACACGGUUUUAUUAAACACGUAUUAAUAAUCUGACUUCAGAAAUAAAGCUCUAUUUUAAAACGGUC